AUGUAUACAAAUAUGUCCAAUAUUACAGACCCAGAAGCCCAAUACGAAUUAAUUUCUAGAGACUUACAAGAAGUUCUCAAUGCUCAGAUCAUUAAAAAUGUUUUGGAGAAUGAGAAGAGGCCGUUGAAAAUUUAUUGGGGAACUGCUCCGACAGGAAAGCCCCAUUGUGGAUACUUUGUUCCAAUGGUGAAAUUAGCCCACUUUUUAAAGGCCGGGUGUGAAGUUAAGGUUUUGUUGGCAGACUUGCAUGCGUUUUUGGACAAUAUGAAGGCGCCAUUGGAGGUUGUCCAGUACCGUGCCAAAUACUACGAAUGUGUCAUCAAGGCUAUUUUGAGAUCUAUCAAUGUUCCUAUUGAAAAAUUGAUUUUUGUCGUUGGAUCAUCUUACCAGAAAGAUGGCUCUUAUGUGAUGGACCUUUUCAAAUUAUCUAACGUGGUUUCCCAAAAUGAUGCUAAACGAGCAGGAGCUGAUGUUGUGAAACAAGUCGCAAAUCCGUUAUUAUCAGGUUUGAUUUACCCCUUGAUGCAAGCUAUUGAUGAAGAGCACUUGGAUGUAGAUGCCCAGUUUGGUGGAGUAGAUCAAAGAAAGAUUUUUGUGUUGGCAGAGGAAAAUUUGCCAAGCAUAGGAUACAAGAAGAGGGCCCACUUGAUGAACCCAAUGGUACCUGGUUUGGGACAGGGAGGAAAGAUGAGUGCUUCAGAUCCAAAUUCUAAGAUAGAUAUUUUGGAGGAGCCAAAGGUUGUGAAGAAGAAGGUAAACAGUGCUUAUUGUGCACCGGGAGAGGUCAAGGACAAUGGUCUUAUUGCAUUUGUCGAAUACGUCAUCCAACCUAUUCACGAAUUAAAAACAGGCGAAACAGGCUCUUUUGAUCUCACUAUUGACAGGCCUGAGAAGUAUGGUGGACCAAUACAUUACGAUUCAGUUGACCAAUUGAAGAAAGAUUAUGCCGAGGGAAAGCUAGCACCCCCAGAUUUGAAAAUCGGGGUUGCAGACAGAAUCAAUGAACUACUUGCGCCGAUUAGGGAAGAAUUUGAAAGGAAUGAAGAGUUUCAAUUGGCACAAAAGAAUGGUUACCCUGUUGAGCAACCCAAACAGGACAAGAAAGUGAAGAAACCAAAGAACAAAGGUACAAAGUACCCAGGAGCUGGCAACCAAACAGGCAAUUUAGAUGCAGAAAUGGAAGCCAAUGUUUCCGCAACAGCUGAUAGUGUUGAAGAAACAGUAAAGAAGUUGAAUGAUGUUAAGAUAGAAUAG